GAAUAGCAGAUUCCUCCCCACUCCUUUCUUGCAGAGGAAAAAUGGAAGGUAGAAGAAAGGCUCAUUUUGAAGAACGUUUGGAGAGGGUGUGGUCUUAGGAAAAAAUGAAAGAUGGGGAAAAAGAAAUUGCAGCAACUGAGGUGGUUUUGCCUAGGAAAGAGAAAAAGUGUGAGAAUGGAGGGGGGAUGAGGAGCCAACUUCAAAAUCUCUCUUCAUGGGGAAUUCAGAAGUUUGUUGCUUGUCCUCACACUUACUUGGAAAACAUCUGGCGUGCCCUGCCCUUGAGGGACAGUUGGUUUUUUUCUGAAGGAGAGGGUUUAGGUUUAUUCUCUUGACACCAAACAUUGGAACCCAAGGAGGAAAGUCUGAGGGAAGCGUUUCUACUCAACACAAAGAAAUGGCUUUAUAAAAGGAGCUGCCAGGAGCAGUCUCAGGAGGUGGUGAAUCUGCUCCCAAAGUUUUCCAGCAGAGACGACAAGCCUCCUGGGCCCUGCUCGCAGGGGACUCGGCCCCCAGGGUCGUGGCCAGGGAGGGUCUCAGGCCGGGGGCGGGACCGGGAGCGAGUGUGUACGUGCGAGAGGCUCCAGCUGCAGGGCCCGGGCUCCCCUGGGAGCGCCGCGGGGGUGGGGCGGGCGGGGGAGCAGCUGCAGAACUCCGCCGGGAAGCUGGGAGCGCCGAAAUGGGGCGCAGCAUGCUCGCGGCUCUCGGGGGCCUCCGGGGCCUCCGCCUAGGGCGCCUCUUCCGCGGGCCUCCGGGAGCGCACGGAGAAGCAGCGACGCGGCCCAUAGCGCCCCUGUGGCCUCGGGGUCUCCCCCGCUACUGCAGCGGCCGGGCCGCCAGCGGCUCUGAGCCCCAGGGUCCAGGAAAGGUCCACCGGGUCCCCGCCGAGUACAAGCCUUCGCAAUUCGAUAAGAAAAUCCUGGUGUGGACCGGGCGUUUCAAAGCGACGGAGGACAUCCCGCCUCGGAUCCCUGCACACCUAAUUUGGUAUAGCAGAUCAAAGCCAGAUGGAUGGGUAAAAAAGAUCAUAUCUUCUGGGCUCCAUCUGGAACAAAAGCCAGAAAUGAUAGAUGCUGCAAGAAACAAGGCUCGAGUGAAAGCUUGUUACAUAAUGAUUGGACUCACCAUUAUCGCCUGUUUUGCAGUGAUCGUCUCAGCCAAAAGGGCAGCAGAGCGACAUGAAUCCUUAACAAGUUGGAACCUGGCGAAGAAAGCUAAGUGGCGUGAAGAAGCUGCACUGGCCGCACAGGCUAAGGCUAAAUGAAAUUCCGAGAGACACGGUGUUAAUCAGAGGAUCAUUACUAUUACCAAAACAAUAAAAAAUAGGUAAAACAGAAUAUUUAAUGAAAUAACUGCCAUGGUUUUAAAGAGAAGCAAAAAGUCUUUUUAUUUUUAUUUUCAGUAAAAUUUUACUGAAGUGGAACUGUAUUCAGAAAAGUGCAUAGAGUGUGUAUAGCUUGAUACCUAUUUACAUAGUGAACACACCUGCAAAACCACCUCCCAGGUCAAGAUGCAGAACACCAGUAACAUCUCAGAAACCUCUCUUCUACCCUCUGUCAGGCAUUACCAUCCAAAGGUAACCACUGUUGUGAGUUUUAUCACCAUAGAUGAGUUUUGCUUGUUUUUGAAAUUUAUAUUAAUAGAAUUACACAAUAUGCACUUGUGAGGGUGAAUUCUUAGACUCAACAUUAUGUUGUGAGAUCCUUACACAAAUUUUGUGUAGCAUGAGUUUAUUCAUCUUUAUUUUGUUAAAGUAUUCCAUUGUGAAUAUGCAACAUUUUAUCUGGAUAUUUGGUCCAGUUUGGGGCCGAUACAGAUAAUGCUAAAAUGAGCACUCUGUGUAUGUCAUUCGCUAAGUGUUCUUCAAAAUCUAAAUUUUCAACCAAAUUUCCACUGUAUUUGUGUAGGACUCUUGCACUGACUGAGAGGAAUGUAAAACUAUCAACUUUAGACUUUUUUAAGGUAAAUAUAUAUGCUAAGAUUUCUAGGAUAAUGAGAAAAUAUGAACCCUCAAACAAGUAGAGAUUUUUAAAAAAUAGACAACUGACUUUAGUCAAAAGGCAGAAAAGGGGGAAGGGAAAGAAAAAGAAUAGAAAAGAGAGAAACAGGACAAAAUAACAUGGUUAAAAUGAAUCCAGAUUUAUUGGUAUUCCAAAUAAAUGAGACAAACUGGUAAGUGAAUACAAAGAUACUUGGAAUGUAUUAAGAACAGUAAUACACUGUAUAGAAAGGACACUACCAAAACUAUAGAAUACUGUAUAGACCAUUACAAGAGCACAGAUUCAUAGAAUGUAAAAAUGGGGAUUUUGUCAAUGGAGAAACGAAAAAACCAAAUGGACACCUAUCUUCAAUACAUUAACUUUCCUAAAGCUUAUUGAUUCAUCAGUGGAGAAUGAAACCAAACAUCAACCAGUUAUUUUAUCUUUUAUGACAGAAUUGCCUUAUGGCCAAUUAGGUCGUAAAAAGAUUUGAAGGGAAAAUGCUUAAAGCAAAGAUGUUUACAGAAAAACUACCUAGAACAGAGAUUGGGAGCAGGACUUCUGUUGUUAGUCCUCUUUUGUUUUAGUUACUUCAUCUUAUUAAUCAAUCUGUUCCCUGUUACCUAAGUUUUUUUUAACAUCAGUAAAUCCUAGACCAAAGGUUUUGUAUUCUUUCCUUCUGUAUACUUACCGCUUUUUGGGGUGGUGGCCAUUCUCUAGUGCCCUGGUACAGAAGAUUUCACCAUGAAAAGCUAUGAUUGAACCUUCAAUCUGAUCUCAUUUUCAUCUUGGCAUAAUAAGGCUGCUGUGUCUUCAGCUUUCAGCAGCAAAAUCCAUUGUUCCCACCAUAAGAACUAAAAAAAAUAUUCUCAAUUAGGUUUCAACUUGUUUGUUUUAUUUUAAUUCAUGCAUCAUAUAAGCUGCAAAUAAAAUUUGUAAUAACUA